AUGCCAACUGGUUCAGCUUUCCCCCCUGCUCCAAAGGCUUCGUUAAAGGAGCUGCUCGAGUCUGCGAAAAAUUUACCAAAAAGGUCCAGCGACAUUGGCACCGUCAACCUGGGCCCCAACGAGAUCAGAAGAAAGGCUAAUGAAUUACGCGGCGACAAAUCGGAAGAUCGUCAUUACACAAAAGCCCACUACCUGCUUGCUGGAAGUGGGAUCACGUUGGAAGAGAUUGAGUCUGAGAUUCAAUCCAUAAAUGUUCGUCAAUUUGCGGCUUCGCCAGCACCAGGUGCAAAUCAAACACCUCUAUCACAACAAAGCGAUGUCGACAACUACAUCAGUGCAAAGAAAGAUGAGAAUAUACUUGCUGCCAUUGAGCAGUCGCUUGCUACUGCUGCUAAGGACUUUGAUAUGUUUGUGAAUCAAAACAUCACUAUGGAUUGGAAACAGAGAAAAGAGGCCCUACGUGAAUCUUUUUCAGUCAUUCUCAAUCGCGGUAGCUCUGGAAGACCAUCCAAACAAAUCAAGACCGCAGAAGAUCCCGUGUCGUGGGGUGGAGUCUCGGGAAGGAGCUUAUUAUCUUCGAAAAACGAUUUUGCGGACGUGAAACCUUCCUCUGCACAGCCUUCACGCGUUGUUAACCCAACCACCUCUUUUGCAAUUAGACAAAGAUUUGAAACGUUUGCACAGGCGGUAUACGAUCUGAACGAGUCUCGUCAACAGAGGAAGCCUUACCCAAUUUGCACGGUUUUUUCGGAUAUCACCAAGUUUGAUCAGAACGUGAAGUCGAGACACGUGCACGACUCGUGGAAGAUACUGGUAGAUUUCGUGGAAGAAUCCAAUUCUGCGGGAUUGAAGGAACGCAAAUAUGAGGAGCUCUAUUGUUCUGGAGACUCUCUUGACUUCCAGGCCAUCGCUUUCCGCAAGCUUGUGGUUUCGAAGAGCAGAACCUAUCUUGAAGAUCAAUUCAUGGAUUACCUCAACGACUUCUUCGUACAGACGGGAAGCACGUCUGUGCCUACCAACGUGGAGAAAGUCUCCGUAUUCUUGGAGCAUAAGCUGAAACGGGGUGGAGACUGGAAUGUCCCCAAUCUUUCUCUGAUAAACGGCGUUCCAAUAUGGGCAUUGAUAUUCUACCUUCUGCGGGCUGGCUGUUUAGAAGACGCUAUUCAGGUUACAGAGAAGUACCACGACUCUUUCAAAAAGCUGGAGAAAUCUUUCCCGGUGUAUCUCAAGUCCUACCAUAAGAACGACAGGCAGUUCGGAAAUGAGAUGCAGGGAAGAAUCACCAACGAGUUCAACCAGUAUUUCAAGCACAUCAACAGAGAAGCGGAUCCUUUUAGGUAUGCUGUGUACAAGAUCAUUGGCAGAUGUGAUCUUUCCAAAAAGAGUUUCCCAUACAUUUCACUUUCUAUUGAAGAUUGGGUGUGGAUCCAUUUGAGUUUGGUUAGGGAGAACGAUAUUGAAGACGAUCCAAUUCAUGAGAGAUACAGUCUGAUCGAUUUUCAAAGAAGCAUUCUUUCGUUCGGUGUUGAAAGGUUUAAUGCUUCAAGCAACCAUCCAAUGUAUCUUCAGGUGUUGUUACUCACUGGUCAAUAUGAGGAAGCUGUCCAUUAUCUGUUCUCUGUGAAUGAGAUGGACAGUGUUCAUCUUGCGAUUGCGUUGUCAUACUACGGAUUGCUGAAUGUAACAGGUAAAGGCAAUGAGCUUAUGUCCGUCGAGAAGACCAAAAAGAUCUUUUUUGCCAGAUUGAUCGGAUUAUAUGUCAGUUCCUUCAAAAUCAGUGAUCCAAGGGUUGCUGCUGAGUAUCUGAUCUUGAUCUCCUUGAAUCAGUCAGAUGAACAAGUGAACCUGAGUUUGAGUGUUAUAAGAGAGCUCGUGCUGGAUACCAGAGAGUUCGUUCUUCUUCUUGGUAAAAUCGAUAAGGACGGAAACAGAAUUCCCGGAAUCAUUGAGGAGAGAAAGUCUUUGCUCAAACUGGAUGACGAAGCGUCUUUUCUUCACAAGAUUUCUGAGCAGGCUGCACUUAAAGCCGAAGAAGAAGGCAGAUACUAUGAUUGCAUUUUGCUUUACCAACUUUCAGAGGAGUAUGAUAUGGUGAUCUCGCUUGUUAACAAGCUUCUGGGAGAGCUGUUGAACACAACUGAAAUCUCAUAUGCUCCUCUUCUUGAGGAUCAGAGCGUCGCACUCGCAACCAAGUUGAUGAAGAUUUACAACAGAAACUCUCAGAUAAGCGAUAAAGUUUCACUCAAGAGCAGGGAGACUUGCUCCAAGCUGCUGGAGAUCAUAAAGAUCAGAGAGCAAUACGAAGCCAAGGCUUACAGUAAAUGCCUGAAGUCGAUCAUGGAUCUGGGCCUGGUCCCUAAUGCUGGUUCGGAUCUAGAGACAAUCAGGUUUUUGUCUCAGCAGUUCAACACGUUGGACGAGAGCAUCUCCAAGAAUAUACCAGGACUGUUGAUCAUCACGAUGACCAUUACCAGACAUUUGUUGCUUGACGAGAUGAAGAGUGGAUUGAACAACGACAAGAGUGAACAUUUGCGCCAGAUUUCAAGGAACUGCUUGGUCUAUGCAGGAAUUUUGCAGUUCAAGAUGCCCCGUGAAGUGUAUACCACUUUGGUUAAUUUGGAGUGUGUCUAG